AGUCUGUUUCAGCGCUGGAUUUAUAGGGACCUCAAGGUCAACAUUAUUUCGUACAAGUUAUCGCCCACUAACACAAAAACGAUCAAUAGUCACCUCAAAUGACCACGGAAACGACGCCAGAACCUCCCCAUGACAACGAAGAUCAUGAACUGAGUGAAUUUUUCACAAAAUUAUAUCAUGCAGACGAAAAUGCAGCUGUCAGCGGUAAAGACUACUUAGUGAACCCACAAGGUCGAAUUUCUAGCAUGACAGAAACACAGGAUAAUGCUCCAAAACCGUUAUUUGAAUAUGUUAAUGAAGAUGUACUCAAGAAGAGGCCUACAUUUGCAAAGUUCAUCGCCUUACUAGACAAUUAUUGUCCACAAGUUGGUAUCACUGAAAAUGUCACUGAAGAAGAAAUAAAAGAAGAAGAUGAAUUUAUUGAAGAAAUAAUGAAAACAAAAAUUAUGAAAAUGACUUAUGAAUAUCUUUUGGAGAAACAAAAAAUAUCUGGUGAUAUGGAUAGUUUUAAAGAGCUUUUCAAGAAUUUAUGGUUUAAAAAGUAUACACGAAAAAGCGUUGAUGAUUCCUCAGCUUUUGAGCAUGUAUUUGUUGGUGAAAUCAAAAGGCAUAAAGUGUUGGGAUUACACAACUGGAUACAAUUUUACCUGAAAGAAAAGCAAAACCAGAUAAAUUAUUAUGGAUGGAUAUGUAAUAAUUGCGAUGACCGUCUCCUGACUAUAAAAUUUAUCGAAGGGGAUAAAUAUCAAAAGCCAAUUGGAAGUGUUUUUGUCGGUUCAUCACCGGAAUUCGAUAUGGCUAUUUAUACAAUUUCAUUUCUAAUUCAUCCAGGGAAACAAUUUCACGUUGUAAUUGAUGGAUGUAAAAUGCCGAUUAGAAGUUAUAAAAUAUCAUCCUCCGAUAUGGGUACUGCUUAUAUGGGAUAAACUCGAACAUCAUUUGGCUAUAUUUUGACUACAUUUCUACUUUUAUAAUGAAUGACUUGAUUUCAUGUGUGUAAUCUUCCACAAGAAAAAAAAGCUAUGAAUAUAACUAAUUUUUUGGGGAG